CACACACACACAGUGGGCGUGUCUUUCGUCCAGCUGGAGUAAAUAGAGGCGGCGCAGCACCGUGCGCUUCGGACAGGGACUGGCCAUGUCUCCGCGCUCCGGCACCGGCUGAUAUAUGAGCAACGCUCCGCUCCAUCCCUGCACUGCCCCGAACUGCGCGUCUCCGGGAUCAGACACGGCUCAGACGCUACAGGUCGGAGAAACGAUUACUGACAGAAACAACGGCUCCUUCCACUGAAGAAGUAUAUACAGGACACUAACAUCUGACCUUUGACUUCCUGUGGAAACUUAGAGAAGAAGAGGUGCCUUUGGCGGCCUCCCACUGUGAACUUGGCACUUCCCGGUCUGAAACGUCCUCUGAAGCCCACUGGGAGGUCUGAAGCAACCUUUGAAGGCCUCAAGUGUGACGUUGGUCAGCGGCAGGCUGAGAGAGAUGAAGACAUGUGUCAUGUUUCUGGCAGCUCUGCUGCUCCCCUGCAUCCAAGCAGUGUGUCCAGAUAAAGAACCAGGACUGCAGCCAUGGAUGCCCGGACACAGUGAAGACCACCGUGUUACAAUCGGUUAUGGCAGGAAAGUCCUCCUCACCACCUCAGCCACGGUCCACUCCAUUGAGAUUCUCAACGGUGGAAAGUUGGUGAUUGCUGACACCAGUCGGCCCAUACUGCUGCGAACAAAACACAUCCUGAUUGGAAACAAAGGGGAGCUACACAUCGGAAGCCCAGACUGUCCUUAUAAAGGCAACCUCACCAUCUCCCUCUUUGGAAGAUUGGAUGACAGUGAUCAGGAGCACAGCUACUUUGGGAGGAAGUACAUCGGUGUGGGGACAGGAGGGACGCUGGAGAUCCACGGAGAGAAGAAGCUGUCGUGGACGUUCCUAAACAAGACUCUCCACCCUGGAGAAAGCAACCAGAACAACUACCUGUUCCAGAGAAGCUGGGGGAACCGAGGCAUCAUCAUCCACGUCAUCGAUCCCAAGACUGGAGAGGUGCUGCACGAUGACAGGUUUGACACAUACCGCAGUAAGGAUGAGAGUUAUCGCCUUGCUAAGUAUGUGGAUAGUGUGGACGCCGGGCUCAUUCUGGCCAUGGUGGUCAAUGACGAGGGCUCCAACAACUUGGAGGAUUCUGCCAAGAAAAGCCUCUCCAAGCUGGGCAGCCGGCACAUCAGCAGUCUGGGAUUUCGGCAUCCCUGGACUUUUAUUGUGACAAAAGGUGACACUUCUUCGGUGGUGGAGGAUCACGCUGUCUAUCAAGGGACCAAGGCCUCCUCAGAAGCCCGGAGCUCUCGUGUGUUUUCGUCCAGUUAUGGCGAGCAUUUUACCAUCACCACCAGCAGCCAGUGGGUGCAAGAGGCUGAGUGGACAGAAUGGUUCGACAGGGAUGAUGAGAGAGGAUCUGGAGACUGGGAGAAACUGUCAGACCUGCACGAGGCCUAUCCAGACAGACUGUGUGGCAGUCCACUGGACAUCCAGGCCGAAACCCACGACGGCAUACCAUCCAACCAAACAGGAGAUGUGAUCCACAAGAACGACAAGGACUACGGCUUCGUCUGCCUCAACAAGGACCAGGCUCACGGCCUCUGUCGCAACUACAGAGUCCGUUUCCUCUGUGGAAAACUGGUUCGUCCACAGGCCUCCAUUUCCAUCGAUAUCUCAUCCAACAGCAGCAUCCUGGAGCUUGCUGACCAACCGGAGGGCUGGCGGUCAGGGGAUCGGGUGGUAGUGGCAAGUACAGACUACUCCAUGCAUCAGGCUGAGGAGUUCACCCUGCUGCCCUGCCCUACAUGCACAUCCAACCAGGUCAAGGUCCAAGGUAAGGCCCAGUUCAUCCACAUGGGAGAGGAGGUGGACGGGGUGGAUAUGAGGGCAGAAGUCGGCCUGCUGAGUCGUAGCAUCCUGCUCCGUGGCGAGAUGGAGCCCGGCUGCUACGGCAACGAGGCCUGCAAAUUCUUCGACUUUGACACGUUCGGUGGACAUUUAAAGGUGGAGCGGGGCUUUGGGGCGGUUCAUAUAUCUGGGAUGGAGCUGCAGCACAUGGGCCAGCAGACAAUGGGACACUACCCGGUCCAUUUCCAUAUGAAUGGAGACGUGGACGAGAGGGGAGGCUACAACCCCCCCACCUUCGUCAGGGAUCUGUCCAUCCACCACUCCUUCUCCCGCUGUUUAACCAUCCAUGGCUCCAAUGGUUUACUGGUAAAGGACGUGGUGGGCUAUGACACACUGGGUCACUGUUUCUUCACUGAGGACGGUCCAGAAGAGAGGAACACGUUUGACCACUGUCUGGGUCUGAUGGUGCGAGCGGGGACUCUGCUGCCCUCAGACAGAGACAGCAAAAUGUGCCGCGACAUCACUGAGGGAGCUUACCCUGGAUACGUGGCCAACCCACGCCAGGACUGCAGUGCAACUUCAACUUUCUGGAUCGCCAACCCCAAUAACAACCUCAUCAACUGUGCUGCUGCAGGCUCAGAGGAAACAGGUUUCUGGUUCAUCUUCCACCAUGUGCCCACCGGCCCCUCAGAGGGGCUGUACUCCCCCGGACACACUGAACACACACCUAUGGGCCAGUUCACCAACAACAGAGCCCAUUCGAACUACAGGGCUGGAAUGAUUCUUGAUAACGGAGUUAAAACCACCCAGGCUAACGACAAGGACAAGAGACCCUUCUUGUCUCUGAUUGGAGCCAGGUACGGCCCCCACCAGGAUGCUGAUCCCUUCAAACCCAGAGUCCCUGCUCUGAUCCACCACUUUGUGGCCUACAAGAACCAGGACCAUGGAGCCUGGCUGAGAGGAGGGGACAUCUGGCUGGAUGACUGCCAAUUUGCUGAUAAUGGCAUUGGCCUCACUCUGGCAAGUGGAGGGACGUUUCCAGACGACGACGGCUCUCGUCAGCAGGUGAAGAACUCACUGUUUGUUGGUGAAAGUGACAAUCGCGGGAUGCCCCUACCUGACAACCGGAUCUGGGGGCCCGGGGGUUCAGACCUCACCGACAGGACCCUGCCACGUGGAGUUGAUUUUCCUAUCCGGGGCAUGCAGAUCUAUGACGGGCCCAUCAAGGUGCAGAACUGUACAUUUCGGAAAUACACAGCCCUGGAUGGACGCCACACCAGCGCCUUUGGCUUCAGGCUCAACAACUCAUGGCAGAGCUGCCCCAACAACAACGUCACUGAUAUCACCUUUGACCACGUACCUAUCACAUCUCGGGUGUUUUUUGGGGAACCGGGUCCCUGGUUUAAUAAGAUGCAGAUGGACGGGGACAAGACAACCAUCUUCCACGACAUUGAUGGCUCAGUCAGUGAAUAUCCUGGAGCCUUCCUGGUUAAAGAGGAUAACUGGCUGCUCCGUCAUCCCGACUGCAUUGACGUGCCUGACUGGAAGGCUGCUAUCUGCAGCGGUCACUAUGCACAGAUCUAUGUCCAGAUACGAAAUCCUGCCAACCUGAACAUGCACUUAGUGCGGGACGAGUACCCUGACCGGCCCCUGACACUAGAGGGCGCUCUAGGGAAGAGAAAACACUACCAGCAGUUCCAGCCAGUGAUCACACUGGCCAAGGGCUACACCAUGCACUGGGACCAGGCGGCGCCCGCUGAGGUCACCAUCUGGCUCAUCAACUUCAACAAAAAUGACUGGAUCAACAUGGGCCUGUGCUACCCACAAGGCACCACCUUCACCGUCAUCUCUGACAUCCACAACCGCCUGACCAAACAGACCCGUAAGACUGGUGUCUUCAUGAGGACGACACAGAGGGAGAAGGUCAACCAUUCCCACCAGACCAGAGGAUACUACUACUUGGAGGAAGACACUGGCCUGCUCUUCCUGAAGGUAAAGGCCCACAAUGACAGGGAGCAGUUUGCCUUCUGCUCCGUCAAAGGCUGUGAGAGGGUGAAGAUCACAGCUGUCAUCCCUAAAGAUAGUCCACCGAGCAACUGCAUGGCCGAGGCUUACCCCAGACACGCUGAGCUGCCCGUUGUGGAUGUGCCCAUGCCCAGGAAGAUACCUAAUGCCAGGCUGCACUCAACUGAACACUUCCUGGAGGUCAAACUGGAGUCAUACAACACUCGCUUUUUCCACAUCAAGGAGGACUUUGCCUUUAUUGAGGUGAACGGCAGAAAGUUGUACCAAGCAGAAGAUGGAGUGCAGCUAACUGUAAUUGAUGGGCAUGAUGGGAAGGUGGUGGAGACUAAAACCUUCAGGAACGCCAUCCUACAGGGCAUCCCUGCACAGAUAGGUAACUACGUCAGUGGACUGAGAGACGGUUCCAUUGUCCUCAUGACAUCCAAGGGCCGUCUGGUUACCAGAGGACCCUGGACCAAAGUCCUGGAGAGACUUGGAGCAGACAAAAGCAUCAAAUUGAAAGAAAAGCUGGCAUUUGUAGGGUUCAAGGGCUCCUUCUACCCCGACUGGGUCCAUCUGGAAGUGGAUGCUGACCGAGCCAAGAUCCAUCAGGUCCUGCCUGUCCCUGUGGUGCACAAGAUGAAACUAUGAGAGGCAGGCAGAGUGGGGAGGAAAGCCAAGAGACUAUGUAGCCCGCAGAUACUGACACACAUACCCCCCAAAAAAUACACUUGCACGAACACACACAUAUACACACAUACUGCCAGCACUGAAGAGUUGGUUGCUCCAAGCCAUUGGUCCUGGAUUGCAUGGCGUUUUUUUCUAGGUUUGGCGGUGAGAACAAAUGAUGUGAGGGGGAAGGGGAAGACCUUUUCCUGGAGCCAGCACUGCCCAUGAUGGACUGUAUCUGUGUAAAACACCCACCAUCAGUCGAGCGCUUUAAAGUGACAACACACCCUGUGGCGGUUCAGCUCUUUAGCAACAAUGGCUCAGAACAACCAGUGGUGUUUGCAGAAACGUGUCUGUCUCCACAGACGGUAGAUACGACUGAUAUUGGUUCUGUUUCUGACUGAACACUGUCAUUGUUUCACCUAACGUUAAGUUUACAUACUAGUUUGCCAGCUAAAGUAACAGUUGAAUUUGGUCAGCUCACCAUAACUGUUGUGUUGUGGAAACAUCUGUUUUGUGCACCAGUUAAAAUGAACAUUGACUUGGUUUCAUGUCAACAUUAACAAUUGGCUUGUUAACGUCCUAUUACAGACUUCGCUACAGAGUAAUGCAGGACUGAGUCCUAAAGCCCAGAAGUAAGUUAACAUUUUAGCACUCCUGGUUCCAUCGUUCCAAAGUCGAUGGGAUUUUGGUUGAAUGUCUGAAAUAAGGUCUGUGGUUUUAAUACAACCUCAAGACACUGUCACGUUUUAUUCUCCAACAUAAAAUACGUCAGAAAAUACCCUACUUAUGAUUUUUUAAGCUUUGACGCGGUUGCUAACGAGUGUCUAAAUGUGACUACAGAGGUUGUUGAGGCAUGACAUGAAAACUGAUCUACUCACCAGUCCACCUAUACAGUCCACCAGUACAUCUUUAUAGUUACACUCUUUCAAACUAUCACCGACUCUCUAAGUUGGAAGCUUAGUGGUGAAGACGUUGACGUCAUGUGACCGUUGUGUAGUUGGUUUAUAGUCUAACAUUAGCUUUUUACUUCUGGAGAUUAUAUUUAGGCUUCAAACAUCAGAACAGUGGUGUUCAUCUGUGAAGAUUAUCUGAUUAACAAAAUGUUUAAGUAUCACAAACUUCUAUUGGUCACAGUUUACUUUCUGCAAUAAUCCAAAAGCCAAUGAAAAAAUUCUGUUAGCAUUUUAUUGAGGGAACCAGGGUGAUGCUAACUUCUAGGUUGGACUACAAAAAUACGUCAUCACUGCACCAAUCUAUUGGUUUACCCCAGCACUUGGACAUCUAGAGCAAGAACUUUGAUACUCCUUGGUGUCACUGUUAGAUGACACUGUUGAACAACGUUAAAAAAUGUCACUGUUAAGUUUGAACAGUCAAACUUGAAGAUGGGUAGGGCAAAAUGCAAUAAUUGUGCAAAUGGUGCUGGCAGCACACACUUUUGAUCCUUGAUUUGAUCUUGGGCUUGAACUCAUUUGAAUUCAAAAAGUGACAGAAUUGUGUAAAUACAGAACAAAAGAGGGUUUGAGAGAGACGCCAAUGGAUGUUUUCCAUUCCAAAUAUAGUGUGAAACAGGCGAGUCAAGGAUGUAUUUGCUAAAUAAGAGAUACAGAGUGACCACAUAGCUAGCUGCUUCUCCAGGACAGUCUUUUAAUUCUCAAGUCAGGUCUUUUACCAUCUGUCCUUUUCUGGUCAGGACCAUGUUGGUAGCAGGAUGAGCAAAGUGAGCCCAGACCCCCCUUCUCUCCAGCCACAUCCUCCAACUCUUCUGGCAAUCCCAAAUCCUUCACAGGUUGGAAGAGAUCUAUACAUUUUCCAGCCUGUUCUGGAUCUGUUCUGGUGUCUCCUACCUGUUGGACAUGUCUGAGAUCCCUCCAGAUCAAAUGCCAGAGCAGAUACCUCCAGACCAACUGACUUUGGGUUGGGUUUGUUGUCCAACCAGUAGCGAAGUCUGUUACAGACGUAUGCAGAGGCUCACAAAACUGGAGUUACAAAUGAAUCUAACCACCUACCAAUGACAAUCACACACAAAUGUUUAUAUUAGCAGUAAACAUAGUGAGCAAUACCACCCGGUGGAGGGCAGAUUCAAAACAAAUCUGCCCUCCACCUGAAAAACACCUCAGUUGUUAACAUUAGAUUUUAAUGUGAACACUUUAGAACAUUCUUAGAACGCUGUUCAAAUUGAACUGAUAAGCCAUGACCAUGAACAGUUUCAAACGUAUCCCAGACUAACCUGUCAUUUCUAGCCAUUGCUAGCAACACCGCUAACAACACUUUUAGCAACAUGUCCACAGAUAAAAACUAAAUAGUACUAUGUGUAUGACUGACUUAAUGUGAAACUAAUAAGACAGAACUGCUAUAAACAGUGAAAUUAGUAGAGUGUUCACUGCUAUUGAUGCGAGUAGCAGCCAUCUUGAAUUCUUAUGUUGGGGUUGGUGGGUUUUCUCUGACUUUCAGAGUUGGAAAUCUGACCUCAGGGGGCAUUCCCAUUGAAACCUCAAACUAAAUUCAGGAAUUACACCUUCUGAGCACAACUGGAACGCACCAAUACCAUGCACAGGCCCAGAGACCCACGAGGUCAGUGGGCUCUGUAUGAAGUGAGAGUUAUUUGUAAUGUAUUAGAACGAUAUUUUUCAUAAAGAGAUGCAAAAGAGCAGAAAGAGACACAAAGUGAUGAGAGACAAAAUGCAAAAUGACAACAAGCAACUACUUUGAGUCAUUUUCUUUUUGAGUCUGGAUUUCUUACUCCUACGUAGGAGGGGUGGGAGGCCUUUUAUGUGGCCAGGGUGUCUCAUAAUCUGUCCAUGGUCAACAGCCUUCUUGAGUGUGAUUGUUCAUUUUAAGGUAAAAAAGAAAAGCAGUUUGACAAAAGCAAGUAGUUUCAAGAAGUUUCAGUCCAGUUGGGUGUGGACCAAAGUUCAUUUGAUGGCUUCCACACCAGUCUAAACAGGCAAAUGCACAAGAAUUGUUAGCACUGUUAGCCUUCAGUGAGUGUUUAUUUUUUUCACUAUUGCUAUUACAAAGAGUUGUGUGUGAUUGUACUUGGUAGAAGACUGGGUUAACCAGUUUACUGUCUCAUCAUAAUCUUACCAUAACCUUUGGAAAGAAAUCUGAGAGAUUAGAUCAAUCACUUUUGCAUUGAUCAUUUAACAACAAUCAUUUCCAUUUUUUAAAUCGAUUCUCUAUUUUUCUGGCCUGGUUGUUUUUAUAUAUCAUUAACUGCCAGCCAGUUCUCCAGUGGACCUCCACAAUGUCAGCCAUGGUUGCUUGGCAGUUUAUGAUGCAAAUACAACGCUUCUAAAUGAAGAGAGGGAGCCAAUACUGAAUAGAAAGAGUGAGCCAGCUAAUCAAACGCAUGUAUAAUGUACGUGCAGCAUUGAGCAUCGUUCCCAUGCAGGUCUACGUGAUGUGACAGAUGAAGAUGUUGAGUGGUUUUAUCCUCCUGGUGUAACUGUUAAAAGAGAGAAAAGAGAAGAAGAAAAAAAACAUUCCUUGUUUUGCAUCCAGACCAGUGGUUGUUGACUUGCUUCAUUCCGAGCGCUCGCUCACUUGAUAUUGUGAUGUUUUUUUGCCAUGUUGUUUUUUUUUUCCACAUCAGUGUUUGCGAUCCAUUCGUCUGUGUUUAAACCAGCGAGAAGCCCGUAAACAAUAGAAAAGAUUAAAUUAUCCAGUGAAUGUUAAAUCAGGGAGUUUUUAAAUGUGCAAUUUCCCCCCCAUUUCAAAAUGACAGAGAAAUCUUUGUUCCAAUCUGGCGAGAAAAUUUCCCUCCUUUUGCCGAAAUAGCUGGUCUUUUUUCGGAGGUCGUAGCAGUAAUUUAGUGUUUUGUAUGUUUAAUGUGUUUUUAAAAAUCCACAGAUUGCUAAGAGAUAUAUUUUAUACUUAUUUAUUGUACAGACACAGUUGAUCCAAAUCUACAAAGGACAUCUUUUGAGUUGUAAUGUUAUUACUGUCCUGUAUGUAUUCUGUAUGUAAGAAACAUUAUAGCUCCAUUUUAAGAGAUUUGUAUCAGACACUCACAGCAUACAUGCAUAUGACUCAUAUGGUAUAGUUGGCUUGUUUUAACUGUACACCAAAUGGAUGUGUUGUAUAUGUUGCUUGGGCUUGUAAAGUGAUGAAACCCCAUGACUUUGAAUUUCUUUGAAGACUUUUGUACAGAAAUAAAAGAUGAUGAACAGUU